ACAACAAGCCAUUGAGCCAGAGAGAAAUCUGUGAUUGAGUUUUGCUAACAUUUAACUGUUAACUGUUUAUUUAAACUGUUUAAGGCGUGUAUUCUUACUUUCAUACGACAGAGAGACGGAGUCUUGAAGACGUGUGCUACCCUGGAUGGAAGAUAUAUUCAAAAUGAGUGAGGAGCAGCGGCGUAGCAGGAGUCCCAGGAGAGGAGAUGUGGAGGUGGAAGAACAACAGGAGGUGAAGGAGGAGGUGGAGGUGGUGGUGGUGGUGGAAGAUUCGGAGGAGGAGGAGGAGGAGGAGGAUGAGGAGGAUGAGGAGGGAAUGGAGGACAGCCCUCUAGUGGCCCUUGCACCUGAUGCUUCACUCCCAAAGGAGCAGCCCUCUGCUGGUACCGAUGUUACUGCUAGUCCUGUUUUCCUGUGCCUAGAUGAGUUGCUGUCGUUUGGCAAAAUCAACCGGACCAAAGUAUCCAAACUGAAAUCCAGCUACAGGCUACUCCAUGACACUCUGAAGCGUGCCCAGGAUUCUGAGAUGCACCUUUUGGGAGAGGCAAAGAGGUGUCGUGCUGAGCUGGAGAGGCUGCAGGCUGAGGUGGAGAGAACAGAGGAGCAGGGCGCCUCUGUGGAGCCUGAAAGUGAGGUCAAUGAACUGAGGCAACAGCUCCUCCAGGCAUACAAUGAACUGGAAGCUGCUGAGGACAGAGAGUACAAGACACAGUACCAACUGAAAUGUCUCUUGGAGGAGAAGCAGUAUCUGGAGAAAGAGAAUGAGAUUGAGCCCGAACCUGCUGAGCUGGAUAGCAGAACAAAGGCCCUGCAGGACAAAUAUGAGGAGCUGAAGAAAGAUGUUUUCCAGAGACAACUGGAAGUCAGAAGUCUGACAGAAGACGUGGAAACCUGUGAAACGCAGAUAUUGAAAGAACAAAAAGAGCUGGAAGACAAGAUGGAGAUCAUAGAGCUCAAAAAGGCUGAGAAAAAAGCCCUCAUCAGCACCCCCGACCAGAUUUUUAAGGAGAUUCAAAGGAAACGCGCUAAGUGGGAAUCUGCAAUGGAGAAAACAGAAGCACUGAAUGCAGAGAUUUCAGAAAUGGAACAGGAAGUGAAGCAGGCGGCCGAGCGUAACAGCGCCCUGACGUCGAAGAAGAAGAAGUUGAACGAGGAGCUGAAGGGUCCCAGGGCCCAAAUAGACGAGGGUCAUGGGGAGAACAGAAUGCUGCUGAAAGAGCAGGAGGUCAACAGGGAGGAUGAGGCUGAACUCAUGGGGAACAAAGGUAUCCUGGAAAUAAAGCUGCGGAACAUCAUGUCCGACAGGAAGCACCUGUAUGAGAGCCACUCUCUGCGGCUCAGGGAGAAUAAUAGGCAGGCGCAAGCCCUCAAGAGGAUGGAGCUUGCGUUGACCAUGGCAACUGAACAUCUAGAGCACACGCAGUCUGUCUACGAUGAUUUACAGGCACAGUUAGAUGCUGUUCCCAAACAUGAGGCCGGUAUUGAGCGGAGGAUGGAGCUUCAGAAAGAGGUGGAUGCUCUCAAAGUCAGCUUUGAAAAGCAGCUAUCAGUAGCUGAGAAGGAGAGCCAGAAGAUGCAGCAGUAUGGGGUGAUUCAGGGGCUGCUGAGGGAGUCAAACUGCCUCCGAGAAGAACUCCAUAACCUCAGAUGUCUGACACGGAUCAAAGUGGAGGAGAGGGGCCAGAAGCACCGGGAACUGCUUAGGGCUGAGCAGCUGAACCAGCACAUCCAAGAGGAACUGCUAGAAAAAGACCUCAUCAUCAUGGACCACAAGAAGCUGAAUACUAUGCUGCAGCGCAGAGUUUCCCAGCACCAUAAGCUGUGCGGCAUGAUUACGGAAGAGAAGAAUAAGUAUGUCAAACUAAAGCAGGUCGCCUCGCAGACGAUCACCGAGCUGACGGAGCAGGUUAAAGUGCUGGAGAAUGAGACCGAGAUCCAAAGUACCAUUGUCAACAACAAGGACCGAUCACUCACAAAGACUCACAUGAAGAUCUCUAAUAGCUCCCAAAUGAGGGACAAACUGCGCAACGACAUCUGCGAGGUUUCCUUGAAGCACCAUCAGAUCAGUCAGGAGUAUGAGGACAACAAACUGGAGUUGAUGAAACUCACAAAAACCAUCAACCUGCAGGAGCAGGCAUUUCUGGACAUAGAAAAGAAUCAUGAAACGGCCACGCAGCGCCGCAAUGAACUUAGCGUUCAGUUCCUGGAGCACGAGGAGGUGUUGCUCAGCCACGAUGAAAAGAUGAACGUCCAGGCGGCUGCCAUUACUAAGGGCAACAUGACACUGGAGACCCUGGAGAAGGAGAUGAGAGACAUGCAGUUGGAGAUUAAUGAGGAGGAGAGACAGAUAGAGCUGAAGAAGAAGGAGGUGCUCCUCAACAAAAGGCUGGAGGGAGAGAUCACCACGCUGGUGAUAGAGUUGUCAGAAGCCAGGGACAAGACAGUUGAAUGUCUGAAUCGAACAGUCGAUUCCAAUGAGCUAAAAGGCGAAGACAUCUCAACUGUAGAACUGGUCAAGAAGAUUGAGAAGGUACAACAUUUCAAGCUCGAGAUGAAUCUAGCAGUGACCGAGAGGCGGUCGCUGGAAAAAGAACUCCUCGUGGACCAAGUGACCCGGCUCUCGAAGCCACUCAGCGAGCAGGCGGAGAACUGCCAACAGGACAGACUCUCGCUGGCAAAGAAGUUAAACGAGCUCCGAACUCACAUAAUCGACACCAACCACCGCAUGAUGGCCGUCUCUGCAGAACUUUCCAUGAAGCAAGCGGCUGCUUUGUCUCUCCAGCAAGAGAUGAAAGAGAAAGAGCUCCAGAUGGACAGGUGCCAGCGGCAGCUGGAACAGGGCCUGCCACCGUGCCCCGAGAUGGAGAAGGAGUGGAGGAGGAUGCUCCGAGACAAGAAGAGGAGGCAGAGGGACAAAGAGGAGAGAGAGAGGCUGGCUGAAGAAGAGGGAUGGUACCAGUUGCCUAAUGGAGAGUACACCACAGCUGAAAGCCGUCCCGACGCGUACAUCCCCCAGACCGACCUUCUCCCUCUGCCCAAACCCUACGGAGCCCUGGCCCCCUUCAAACCCUCCCAACCAGGAGCCAACAUGAGACACAUCCGCAAACCAACGCUCAAACCCUUAGAGAUAUAGAAAAAACACAUGUAUUCAUAAACCUGUAGGUGUUUUAAUUUGUACGAAUAUAUUUCAGGGAUUCGUCUCUCUUCCACAACACUCUUAUUGAUCUAUCUGCUCUCCCUCCUCCUCCUCUCUGCUUGUUGUGUAUGUUUGUGUCCUCAGCGUCCAGCAUACCACUGCUGUUUUGUCAUGUGAGAGCGUACUUGUGGACGGCAUCUGGUUGUAAUUCCGUCUCCUUUUUUUUAUUAUUUACUGGCAAGAGCUUGUUUACACUCUUUGCUUGCAGUAACACCAAAUACUGUAGAAGAGCAGAAAGAAAGUCAGAGGUCACGGGGGAGAUGAAAUGUGUGUGUAUUGUUACAUCAUGCGCACCAAUAAAAAAAUAUUGUAUUUA